GAGUGCACCUUCUUCAUUCACUGUGUAGCCUUGUGUUGUGACAAACAUGCCACUUCUCUCCUAUUCUUACACAUCUCUGUGUGACUAACCAGCUAAAGUCCAGGAAGAGAUUGACCGUGUGGUUGGCCAACACCGCAGGCCCUGCAUGCAAGACAGGAGUCACAUGCCCUACACGGAUGCCAUGAUUCACGAGGUCCAGAGAUUCAUUGACCUCGUCCCCAACAACGUUCCCCAUGCAGUGACCUGUGACAUUAAAUUUAGGAACUACUUCAUCCCCAAGGGGACAACGGUAAUGACAUCACUCUCAUCCGUGCUGCAUGACAGCAAGGAAUUCCCCAACCCAGAGACAUUUGACCCUGGCCACUUUCUAGAUGGGAAUGGAAACUUUAAGAAAAGUGACUACUUCAUGCCUUUCUCAGAAGGAAAAAGGAUAUGUGCAGGAGAGGGCCUGGCCCGCAUGGAGCUGUUUCUUUUCCUGACCACUGUUCUACAAAACUUUAAGCUGAAGCCUUUGGUUCACCCAAAGGACAUUGAUACCACCCCAGUUGUCAAUGGAUUUGCCUCUGUACCACCCCCUUUCCAGCUCUGCUUCAUUCCUGUCUAAAGAGAUCAGAUUACCUCGCUCCUGAUGUAUUGUCUUCUGCAAUCACUUUUAGCCCAUCAUACAUUUCCCUCACCAUCAAGAAACUCAUGUCCUUUAUUCCUUCAAAUGUUCUCAAACUCCUUAAAAUUCAGGAAAUACACAUAUUCCAUUUUGUAGUAUUUGGAGUCACUGGAUAUGCCAUAAAAGUCUAGGCUUACAACCAUAUAUAUAAAAAAACUUUUCUUAUAAUAAUUCACAGUAAUGUAUUUUCUGCAUGUUCUUAAUAAAAAUAUCUUUGAAUUAGUA